AUGACGACACUCACCACGCUGUUCCCACCGCCAAUUGUUGGUGAAGUGGUGGCGGCCACUGUCGCCUCCUCGCAGCGACCUAUACACACUGGUCUCCUCUCAACUCUUUCACCGCACUCAACGAGGCUAUGUCUUGGCCUACACGAUGUGUUCAUCGCCUUGUUUCUGGUGAUGCUCAUUUUGAUGACAAUUUUCGGCAACGUGCUCGUCGUUUUGUCGGUUUUCGUCUACAAGAGAAUGCGGACGUUCACGAAUAUUUUGUUGACAUCACUGGCAACAGCUGAUCUUCUGGUCGGCCUCGUUGUGAUGCCCCUAUCCCUCCUCGAUCUUCUCCACACUCAUCAAUGGCCAUUCGGGAGAUUCCUCUGCUCUCUAUGGGCCACUUCCGAUGUGCUCCUAUGCACGGCAUCGAUUUUAAAUCUUUGCGUCAUUUCACUGGAUCGAUAUUUCGCGAUCACGAGUCCAUUAAAGUAUCCAAGAACGAGAAGUAAAAAGAUGGCAGCUGGGCUUUUGUCGGCCGUUUGGGUGCUCUCGUUGGUGAUCUGCAGUCCACCGUGGUUUGUCCCGUCGUGGGGGUUAUUCGAUGAUAAACCAGGCAACGGUACUGGGAAUUCGACAAUCCGAGAGACAUUCACUUGUCAAUACAGUCCUUCGGUUCCCUAUCGGAUAUACAGUGCCUUGGGAAGCUUCUUCGUACCAUUAAUUGUAAUGCUAUUUGUUUACUUCAAAAUCUUCAAUGUGGCGAACGAUCGUGAGAAAGUGAUGCGCGAGUCGAUUGGCACGUAUCGAUUAAGUAAUCGUUUGCAGAAAACUCAGCAAAAAACACAUCAACAAAUGAGACAAAAUCGAGCCCGACUCCAGCUCUUGAACAACAACAACACGUCGACGGUGCUGGAGAAUGGGACGAGAAUCAACUACACGACUAGGCCCAUCGAUAUACAACAAUUCCGAAGUCCAGGCGCUCGCCCUAGAACAGGCAGCCGAGUCCGUGCCGACAGCUCGGAGAAUGACGAGAGUCCGCCCGGAGAUCAAGAUCAAGACUAUUCAUCAGCACUCCUUCAAUCAACUGGGAAUUUGACUCUAAAUUCAACAAAUGGUCCAAGCAACUCACCCGGUUUCCCUCGAUUGAAAGCAUUGGAAAGAGAGUGUCACUCGAUGGCUGAUCUUCAGCAGAAUUCAUGCGUGGUGACUCCUCCUCAACGGAAAUCCACCGAGGUCCACUCGGAGGUACCGUUAUCUUUGGUGAAAAAAGCUGCAGCUGCACACAGUCGUUUACAGCCAUCAAAUCUGCUUGCUAAGGCCCAAGAACAUUAUCAAACGUGUGGACCGGGUAAAUCCGUGAGGGGAUCAAAAGAGAAAAUGGUUUAUCUCCGCGAAAGGAAAGCGCUCAAAACGAUCGGGAUUGUUGUACUCGGGUUCAUUAUUUGUUGGUUGCCGUUUUUCUUGCUCUACUUAUUUGAGGUAUUUUUCGACUUCAAACAUUUUCAAUGGGUCACUCUUGUCAAUGAGUUUUUCCUCUGGUUGGGAUACUCGAAUUCGGUGCUAAACCCGAUCAUCUACACAAUGUACAACGGGGAUUUUCGACGAUGUUUCCGGGAUUUAUUGUCUUUUGGCUGCGCUCGCCCUAGAACAGGCAGCCGAGUCCGUGCCGACAGCUCGGAGAAUGACGAGAGUCCGCCCGGAGAUCAAGAUCAAGACUAUUCAUCAGCACUCCUUCAAUCAACGGGGAAUUUGACCCUAAAUUCAACAAAUGGUCCAAGCAACUCUCCCGGUUUCCCUCGAUUCAAAGCAUUGGAAAGAGAGUGUCACUCGAUGGCUGAUCUUCAGCAGAAU